CAACGGACGAAACCCACAUCGGACUUUCCAGUAGCUGCACAGCCUCAGACUAAAAUGUUCUUUCGACACAUAGAAGGCUUUAGCAGCCACUCGGGAAAAUGAUGCUACCUUAAUGCUUCCCGUUUUGGCCUUGGUCGUAACUUUCUUAUAUUCAUUCCGACACUGUGGCUUGCCCUCCGUCCUCGCGCCUGCACAUGUGGUGGCAGAAACCAAGGCAGAAGCAGUUCAAACUCUGUACAGUGUACCCCCCGGUCCCAAUGUUAAAUUGUGGGCCUGCUCAGUUUAUCAAUUAGACUUGAAAUAGAAGAAUUUCAAGCUGUUUUAAGAGGUGACAAGGGUUUAGAGUGUCAGAUUUAGGUCCCAGGGGUCGCCUCGGGAGCUGCAACGACCCUCCCUUCGAGCUUGGAUGUCAUUUCUCUAUUGUGGUUUGCUGAGCUGGCAUGGGACCACAUGAAGAGCAAUGAACUUGUACAUCAUACAUUACGGAGGACGGCGGGAUGUUGCAGAUUGAGAUCUGUCGCACAGCCUCACUCUAUGUCGAUCUCGAAGCUUUCGAAUCUUCUAUCGCUUGGUCCCGUGAACGUCAAUCUCACGAUCAAGGGCUUGAGAUGACUUUUGUUGAGAAGACUUACGUUGCUUUCCUGCUUCUACUGAAAGAUCUGCCAUGCCUUGGUAGAAAACUUGGAUCAAGUGGCAAAGCUUUUCCAGGACGUUUUCUUGAUCUCAUGGUGGACUUGAAGGCUCCCAUACUGGAAGGCAUUGCCUGCAGAUGACAUCCUUCACAAUUUCGUUCACGUCGUUUGCAAUGAACUUCUUUCUUCGACAGUGAUACAGGAGUCUGCUUAUCCAUGUUCUCGCUGCUUUACAAGAAACAAAUUUCAGGAUGGUAAUUCUCAGCAGCUACUUCUAUUACUCCUGGAAAUGUUCGCUCCCGCCUUUCACCUUCCUUUGAACUUCUCAUCUCUUUCCCAUUGUCCUUUCCCUGAAUAGUGACAAAUUCACAAGCAAAGCUAAAGGUUUCGGCAGCUCGUCUAUUUUCAGUCGUUUGAAGUGCACAAUACUCAUACCACGAUCUCAGUCGGCGACGUACUUGCAAAACCCAAGCCGACCACAAAGCAAACUAGAUCCAGAAUUCCAAGUUCACAAGCCUGCUGCCAUACCCAGCAUCAACUUAGUUGAAUGAUCAAGCUUUAUUUUGCGUGCCAAGCUCCCGAUUUGUACAGUCCGAAACCACCAAUCAUUCAUCUUCCCGCAGUCUCGGCCAAUAAUAGGAAUGCUUUGGUCUUCACAUGUGCUUGUAAGCAAUCCGUAAGCUAAGUGGAAUUGUAUGCUUUUUUGGACUCGCUUAGCGAAUUGCACUCCGUGCUUGCUCAGCUUAGUAACAUGCGGCCACUAUUGACACGGCGAGCAAGCUACUGAUUGUUAUGGAAUGUGUUAUAAGUGCUCUUAAAGUCCACCGCCUAUCAGUCCCCAUGUGCACACCUCUGUUCUCGUUUCCUCAAUCGACUGUAUCUAGAUACAUUCUGAAAUUCGUCUCACAUACCUGCCCUGCAAGACUCUGUGAUGAACCCAGCGUUUCGGCGGCUCUCUUCACUAUCAAAAACAAUGGCCUCUCCCCGCAAAAUUCAGAAGAUCUUCCUCGCCCGCGAGCAAAGCGAAGGGGCAGGUGCACGCAUCAGACGCUCAAUCGGAACGGCGCAGAUGCCAGAAUUAUCUCCUUUCCUGAUGCUCGACCAUUUCAAGUCAACUUCGCUUGCUGGCUUUCCGGAUCAUCCACAUCGUGGACAAGGUAAGUCACCACGUCUAUUGAAAUUCCAGCACAAUUUCGAAAAUAUUGGUAAUGAAAGUGCAUAUGCUCACGUCGCCACACCAUCCAGAAACAAUCACAUAUGUAAUAAACGGCUCCAUAGCCCACGAAGACUUCAUGGGAAACAGCGGCACCAUCCACACCGGCGGGCUCCAAUUCAUGACAGCCGGGCGAGGAAUCAUGCAUUCUGAGAUCCCUCGUCCAAACCCAGACGGAAGUCCCAACAUCGGGCUCCAGCUCUGGGUUGACCUUCCCAAAAGGCUCAAAAACACUGAGCCUCGCUACCGGGAUCUGCAGAAGGAGGAGAUCCCGACGGUGGAUCUUGAUGAGGGCAAAGUGCAUGUCAAGGUUAUUUCUGGGGAGAGCCAUGGCGUUGAGAGCGUGAAGGAAUUGGCGUAUACGCCGGUCUGGUUGCUGGACGUAGAGAUCAGGCCAGGUGGGAGGAUCAGCCAGAAGUUGCCAGCGGGGUGGAAUGCGUUUGCGUAUGUGCUUGACGGGGAGGUGGGUUUUGGUAGUGGCGAGGAGAGUAAGAUGGUGACGCAGUAUGAGAAUGUUGUUUUUGGGCAACAGGGAGAUGUUGUUGAGGCGGAGGUGGGUGCUGAUGCAAAGGAGAAUGGGAGAUUUGUCCUUGUUGCCGGUUCACCAUUGGAUCAAGAAGUCGUUCGAUACGGUCCUUUCGUGAUGAAUACUGAAGAAGAAAUCGAUCAAGCUAUGAGGGACUUCAGAAGCUACUCGAAUGGCUUCGAACGAGCGAAGGGUUGGGAAAGUGAGAUCGGCAAAGGGAAAUUUUGA